AUGGGGGAGCCGAGAACUCUGAAGACGGUGUUCGAAGGCGCCGAGAAGAAAAGACUAGCGCUAGAAGGCACAUUUGAGGCGAGUUCGCUCACAUUCCGUGAAGAUCUCAGCUUUGCCCUCAAAUCCUACGAGGAAUGUCUGAAAAUCAUCAGCAACGUCUCGCUGUUUAGUGAGAACGAGGGCCCGGAAGACAUCAACACCACAGACCUGCCUUAUCUGUUGGUUAGCUACCGGAUCGCCGAGCUUCUGCAGAAAAUCUCAGUGACGUCGCCCCUGGAGCGGAAGCUCGCUCUGAAGACGACGCGGGACGCCUACGAGCGGUUCCUGUAUCUGCUGGACAACUACACACUCCUGUCCAAGCCUGACCGCAAACUCUGGGAUACAUACAAUGAAGAUCCCGAGGCCUUCUCGACCAUCUCCACUAAAGAUCCAGCAGCCCGGCGCAAUGCCAAGAUUGCAAACUUCCAACAGGAGAAGGAACUGAAGCAGAAACUUGCAUAUAUGCGGAGCACGCCGCGUUACCUGGAGAAUGGAGGUGACGAGGAAGCUGUCAGGGAGCUGCACCUGGCAAAUGUCGCCUACUGUGCCCAUAUGGCGUUUCAAGGGCUGGAGCAUAUCAACCGAGAAAUGGAGAUGUUGGCACAAGCGCCCGUGCCACUGAUGCCGACAACGACCACGGUUCAGGAGGAUGAGAGACGCCGCCUGUCUCCUACGGAGGACGGCUACACAGAACGGUUGGACCGACCGCUGCACAGGUUAGGCUCUGUGCUCAACGGGCCACUUCUCAGCCGGGAGGGCAAGCCGUUACGGCCGUUCACCCUCACGAGCAAUCGCCAAGACCUACAGAAAGGAGUGUUCCGGCCUGGCCAUAACCUGCCAACAAUGAGCAUUGACGAGUACCUGGAGGAGGAGCGGCGGCGCGGUGGCAUCAUCGAAGGAGGCGGAGAGGCGAGUGGCCGGCAAGCGACGCCCGACGAAGACAACUACGAAAAGGCAGAUGCCGAGACAAUGAAGGCGCGGGAUUGGGACGAGUUCGUAGAGGCCAACCCGAAGGGUGCGGGCAAUACCCUGAACAGAGGCUAA